AAUAAACAUGAAUAAAUUAAUCACCUAUGAGGAAAAUUUAUCUGAAGAGUUCCUAGAUGAACACGCUUCAGCUUCAAGUGUCAAUAUAUCUCCUAACAUUGCUAAGAAUAUGGAAAAGUGCUUUUUCAACAACAAGAUAGAGUUCGUCCGGAACAAUGAGCCUAAGACUCCCCCAUUGGGCACUUCGAGAUUCUCAACAUCUCCAUGAAUCACAGAAUCGAAGCAAGAUAGUUUCCUUACUGUUCCAAAAAGAAUUCCUUGUAUAAAUUUCUCUAAGACUUCUUCCCCAAAAUCCAACCUGCAGAGCGACAUUAAAUCCUUACUACACAAAGCCAUGGAGAUCAGGGCUUUCUCUAACCCAAUUAGGAAAGGAAUAAACACUCCUGCCAAUUUAAAACCCAAGAAGGGGCUUGCUAGGAGGAAACUUGUGAGAGGAGUGACUAUCCAUGACUGUGAAAGCGCCAAAUGCUUCCAAUAAACCUUAAACUUCUUUAUAAUAAUUAAACUUCGAUUCUGCUGUUGGAUUCAUGCAUUCUCCUUCAAACUGCAUUGGGUAUAGGGAUCAGUAUGAAUAAGAGUGGGCACUUAUUUUAAUCUAUAUACUUCCGAAGUGACUUGAGUAAAUUAUUUUUAAACCAAGUUAUUACUCACUUAGUCAAGUAGGCAUUGAGGAUCGUUAGAGGUCAUUUGUUGUAGGAGAAGAUAAGAGUAGUAUUUUGUCCAGUGCAUAUUAAAGUAAAACCGAUUGGGGUUUAUAUCAUCUCUUGCUUAUAAAUCUUCUCAAAUUUUUCAUGUAUGCUUUAGAGAAGAUUUUAUGUUAAAAUUAAUAACUUACUUCCCAAAUAAUUAAAACUAUAACUUGGAAAUGCAGCAAGAGGAGAUUAUUGAAAUCCAUCUUAUAUCCUAUCAUUGUGAUCAGUACGCCAACUCCAUUAGUGAGAGUCGAUAAUUGCCAUAACCAAACAUUUGUAACUCCUGAUUCUAUCAAAAAUAUAUUUUCCAACUUGGUGACCCAUUCAGACAAGUUUGAAUUUCGGUUCGGAUGACUGCUCAAUUUCGGUAGUUUUUCAGUUACCAAUGAGACAAUAAUACUGUGCCCUUUUAUAGGACAUAAAGAGAGUGAAUUUCGUUGCCAGUUUGAGUCUUUA